AUGAAAGGAAAGGAAAACCGGGACCGCUAUAGAGAUCUUGGUGAUGCACUUUUUUCUACUUUGAUUGAUGAAAUCCGUGACAUAUCAAUCAAGGAACAAAUGGUAGUUGUAAUACGAUAUGUUGACAAAAAAGGCCAAGUGAUUGAGCGAUUUUUGGGUAUUGAGCAUGUUGCUAAUACGAAUGCUCUCUCACUCAAACAAGCUGUGGCAAAUUUAUUCUCCAAACAUGGUUUAAGUAUUUCUAGAUUGUGGGGUCAAGGAUAUGAUGGGGCUAGUAAUAUGCAAGCCGUGGCAAAGAAUCAUGAUCAAAUUGCUUUAGUUUUCACUUUGGUUUCUAAUGUAGUGAAUGUUGUUGGAGCAUCAUGUAAACGCCGAGAUAUUGUUAGGGAGAAGCAAGCUGCAAAAGUUACUGAGGCACUUAAUACUGGAGAGCUAUCUAGGGGGCAAGUACGGCUCCAAAAGAUAAGGGAGAGUUGGUGGACAUCUUUACUUGAUGAUAUUUUGUCUUUUUAUGAAAAGCAUGAAAUUGAUGUUCCCCAAAUGGAUGAUGUGUUUGUAGCUCGAGGGAGAAAAAGGCGCAAUGCUCAAGAAAUUAUAAACUUACAUCACUAUCAUGUUGAGUUAUUCUGCACUGUUUUGGAUAUGCAAAUUCAAGAACUAAAUGCUCGUUUCACUGAGUCAAACACUGAGUUCUUACUUUGUGUGGCAUGUUUGAAUCCAUCUAACUCUUUCUCUAGUUUUGACAAGAAAAAGUUAAUUCAUCUUGCCGAAUUUUAUCCCAAAGAAUUUUCUUUAGUGGAACUCAUAGUACUUAGUGAUCAACGUGAUACAUAUAUUAUCGACAUGCUAUCCAGCAGUGAGUUAUCAAGGUUGAAUGGAAUUGCCAAUCUUGCUAAGAAAAUGGUGGAGACUGGAAGCGACAAAAUAUAUCCAUUGGUGUAUUUGCUCUUGACUUUACCAUUAAUCUUGCCUGUUGCAACUUUUACUGUUGAGAGGAUAUUUUCAGCUAUGAAUAUUGUGAAGAAUUGGUUACAGAACCGAAUGGGUGAUGAAUGGAUAAAUGAUAGCUUGGUUGUCUACAUUAAGAGAGAGAUUUUUUGA